CCCUUUGAGAUGCAGAAGCAGUGCAGCUAUCCUACGACUACUGCGGCCAGCUUCACAGACGAUUGCGACUUGCUGAAUCGCAGGGUGCAAAGUUUGUGUUGGAAAAGGGUCAAUGUAACUCGACGUCGUGACGUACCCUCUUUAUGUAAAGCAAAGAGGCUCGCACGCGCAACACCACGACUCAUCGCCAACUCCGGGACCGUUACUGGAUGGCAUGGCUGAUAUAGGACCAUCGCCAGCCCUUGAAUUCCCCCCACCGUGUAAGAAGCCCCGUUGCAUCGUGCCCGGGCCGGCAGCUCCCGAGUGCCAUUGGAUUGCGACUGCACAUGCAGGCGAGUGAGUAGACCUUGUCAGACCGUCUUGCACCGUCAUCACGGGAGAACCUCGUAGCGAGAAUGUCGUACCCUCCACCGACCCGCGACGACUACGCAUCCGUCUACCGGACGGGCGACAAUGGCCAGCUGCUCGACGGCCCGCAGGCCUACACCAAGCUCGAGAACAUCAACGAGGCGCUGCAGGCCCAGCAGGCGCUGCAGAACCACGGCCUGAGCCCGCACGCGUCGCAGCCCCAGCACCUGCCCGCGACGCCGCAGCAGCUCAAGCCCAACCGCCUGCGCAAGGCCUGCGACUCGUGCAGCAUCCGCAAAGUGAAGUGCGACGAGUCGGGCCCACCAUGUCGCGCCUGCGUCGCCCUCGAGAUCCCAUGUACCUUUGAUCGCCCGAGCAGACGCCGCGGCCCGCCCAACAGACACGCCGAAGCCAUCAAGCGGCGCCGCAUCGACGACGAUGCCAACUCGGGCCACUCGUCGCCGCACUCGCCCACCAAUGCCGCCCACGCGCUGGCGCAGCUGCAGUCGUCGCAUCCCGCCCAGCUCUCGGCCGAGGCCAUCUGCCCGCUGCCCACCAUGAACGCCCUCAUCGACGACUUCUUCAUGUACAUCCACCCGCUGUGCCCCUUCCCGCACGAGCCGUCGUUCCGCGAGGCCUGGGAGCGCCGCGAGGACUACUCGAACCCCGCCUUCCUGGCCCUGCUCGCCUCGAUGAUUGCCGCUCUGGUGUCGUCGUUCCCGCGCAAGCCGCGCCUGCACCUCAAGGCCCAGAUGCGCCACGAGUACACGUCGCACAUGGCCCUCGUCGACAAGUGCCGCGAAGUGUGCGCCCAGGCACGCGGCCCGGGCUACCUCGACAAGCCCUCGCUGAACGUCUACGACGCAUGCACGAGCUACUUCCUGGGCCUGACGGGCGCCUACGUCUUCCAAUGGCGCCAGCUACGUGUCUACUUUGCCGAAACCAUGUCCAUUAUCCGCUCGCUGGGGCUGCACAGGUCAGCGGAUCGAGGCUACGGUGGCACCCCUGGGUCUUGGGGCGGGUCGAACUACGAUACCUCGAGGGAUCUCAAGCUGGACCACAUCACCGAGGAGAUUGGACGGCGAGUCUUUUGGACCGUGUUUGUGGGAGCACGGACGAUGCAGCAGCUUGGCUCCUCGUUUGCAGAUUUGGUCAUUGCACCUCCCACACCCGCCGAGCCGCUACCUCCCCUACCCGUCGAGGUCGACGAUGUCCACAUCUUCCCGCACGCAAUCGAACACCAGCGGCAAACGGGCGUUUCUCUGUUGACAGGAUUUGUCCUGAACGUCAAGGUUUAUCUGUCGUAUUCUACGCUUUCCACAGCAGAAAUGGCCUUUGGGCUGGACGAGAUGUUCGACUGGGAGCGGCAACAGCGCAUACUCGAGCUGAGUCUGCAGCGCUGUAGACAAAUCCUGGACAUCAUGCCGGAAAUCCUCAGAGUGCGAUCAAAAGCCGGACGAGAUAUUGGGAUUUCGCAACAGCCCUACUAUCCGCCCAUGCCAGAGUACUCAAGCUUGAGAGAUCCUGCGAUGAACAGCUACAACGACAUGGAGGUCAUGGACAUGCGCCGCUACGAAAUCCAGAAGGCGAACAUCUAUGCCAGCCAUCUCGCCACUCGCUCAUACCUGGUGGAGAAGUAUUUCCUGCUCCUAGAAAAGCACAACGCCAAAUCGCAAACGGGACACCAUAGUUCGCCCAGCAUAUUGGCAGUUGGACUAGACCGGUUCCUGUCCAAUUCGUCGGUGGACAUGGAAGCACUUGAGAAGACAAUGGCAAACGAGCGCGAGCAAGUCGUCAAAGACCUACUCGUGGUACUCGGCAGCAUUGACAUGGUGAACAUGGAGCCCAGUGGUGACUCGUUCGUAAGUCUCCGCUCCCACUCCCUCGACUCUGACUUCCUGUACGACGUCGACGACCACCUCUCCCUCUCGUGUCCAACACACUUCUUCUUCCGUCCGCACGCCCUCAGUCCGAUCGCAAGCUUACGUUUUGUGCCGACACAGACUCAGAAGAUUCGUUCGAUCGCGAGCACACUGCUCGAAGUUCCCAAAGAGAGAAAGGGCAGCGUCGCCCUGCAGCAUCAGGACUAUCUUUACAAGUUUCUGGAUAUCCUGAGCAGGCUGGAGAGAGUCAGUCCUGAGGCUGGGGAGGGUAGCGCGGGGGUCGUCGACGAAGAGACGGAGUUGAGGCUUUGGGCGGAUCUGAGGGACCAUCAAUUGAAGUUCCAGGAGCAAGGCGGUGUUUAUGGCUUUGGGAAUUAGCAAGCCACGUUACAAGUCGGCCAUGAAGUUCUUGCAAAAUCGCUUCGCCCCAAGGUAACACGCAUAACACGCAUAACACGCAUACAUAGAGGUUCGAGAUUCGCUUCCACACCAUCCGCUCUCGAUACAUGGCGAUGGUCUUCCUAGCGCGAAAAAACAGCUAGCUUGUUCAUAUCUACACAUUUGCUCGGCGCACAUGGGAUGGGGAUUGGGGAAAUGCAUGUUCGGUUAUAGGUGUUCUGUUUGGGAGGAUGGAGAGCAUGAGGGCAUAUAAAUCGGAUUCACGCAUCGG